AUGUCUACAAUCAUCAAAUCUGCUAAGUCUAUUGUCCCAUUAUUAGACCGUGUUUUAGUUCAAAGAGUCAAGGCUCAAGCUAAGACUGCCUCUGGUUUAUAUUUACCAGAAAAGAAUGUUGAAAAGUUAAACCAAGCCGAAGUUUUAGCUGUUGGUCCAGGUUUCACAGAUGCUAAUGGUAAUAAAGUUACUCCACAAGUUAAGGUCGGUGAUCAAGUUUUGAUUCCACAGUUUGGUGGUUCUACCAUCAAGUUGAACUCCGAUGAUGAAGUUAUUUUGUUUAGGGACUCUGAAAUCUUAGCCAAAAUCAGAGAUGCUUAA